CUUCACAGGAUGUUCAAGGAUCUCCAGUGUUCCAUGAUUUUCGAAAAGAAAUCAGAAAUCAAGGAUUUCUUUUCUCCUAGUCUACCUUGUUUCAUUGCGGCCUCCAGUGCCACCUCGGGUACAACCUCAAAAAUGUUCGCAAAGUAUCGUCACCUCCCUGGGAUAUCCUAUGGCCAGCUACUGAAAUUCACAGUCACCGUGAACGACCGGAGUGUGCCAUCGGGGUUGGGAUAUAUUGUUGAGCAAAAUCGCAGAUCCAGACGAGCACCUCGCUGUGAAGCGAUUGGUUGACGAACUAUGUGCUUCGAACGUAAAUGUUGAGCGUAGCUAAGAGCGACAUGUUGGAGAUAUGAGAGAAACAAGCGU